UAUAACGCUGGGUAAGUCAUCCUAGGAACAGCCACAUACGGUAUGAUAGAUAGAACUAAUCCUCUAAUCUGGUCCUUGUCCUCUAAUUGCUAUGAAAAGUAACGGGAAUUACAAAAGAGGGAUGGGCCGAUUUGUAUGUCGUCAAAAUUAGUCUAUAUUGACAUGGAUCUACUCACAGAACAAAAUUUCAGAAAUCAUCUUAAGAAAAUUGAAAGCUCGCAUAAUAUAAUUCUUGUCACAUUAGUUAAAUUUCUCUUCAUUGAGUCACCACAAGUGGACUACCCAGGCAUCUAGUUUUCGUACCGCUUAUCCUCACUAGUGUUGCGGACCUUCUGGAGCCUAUUCCAGCUGCCUCUUGAUGAGAGGCAGGGUACAUCCUAAACGGGUUGCCAGCCGAUCGCGGGGCACAUAGAAACAAAUAACCAUUCACACUCACAUUCACACCUACCAGCAAUUUAGAGUCUUGAAUUAACGAUGUCAGAGUGCUAUUUACCUCAUUACAAUACAAAUUAAUGGCAUUUCCAAUCAUUUAAUGUUAAAAGAAUUUAAAAUAUGUUUAGACUCAAAAGAGUGGUCACAACAAAUUACAGCUGUACCUCAAUGCUCUAAUGUACAGUGUGUUAUUUUCAUUUGUUUCUGGAAAAAUAACCUGCAAAUUAUUUGAAUCUCUGGGGAAAAAAAACAACAAAAAUUGGAAUACUUUUUUUUUUAGACAGCGACUGUAGUGGAAUAAAUUUUUGUAGGAUUCAUAUCAGGUGAUCGAUUGUGUCCCCUCCACAGCGGCGUAAACUGAUCAUUGAAUGUGGUGGACCAAGCGGUAAAAAGCACAGUUUUAUAACGGAGAGCUCGAAAAUAGCACAAUACCUCCUCAACCUAUGCUCCGCACAGCACAAGUUCCACAGCGAGAUGACGUCACGGCAACUCAACCACAGUCUGUUGCCAGGUAAAAGAGCGCGAGAAUAAGAAGAUCAGAAUGGCUCCCAAAGUGACAUCGCGGUUCUGUCCACCCCUCAGAUGAAAACAUGUCUGUCUAUGCGGGUUGUAACCUGAACCUGAAGCAGAUGUCUUGCUCCGAGGGCAUGCUGAACCAUGUCGGUUUAGCCCCGGGUCAACCGGAUCUGCUGUCCAAAUCUUGCGAGGACCUGAGUGUAAAGCUGGAGGCUCGACUUCGCCAUCGGAGAGAGAUGAGGCGGGAGAUGAGCAGGGAGCUGAACAAGGAGCCGCCUGAAACCGGGGAAGAUCUGAAAGAGCGUCCCUACUGGAACACACCAGAAUCGAUUCCAAGACUGAUGUCCAGUGUCUCGCUGCAGAAAGACUCGGAUACUUCUUCUUCUAUACGAGUUGACACACCAACCAGGACUCCACCAGAGAGAGAAAUUAUCUGUGUAAGCCUCAAGAGGGAUCCCAAACUUGGCUUUGGCUUUGUGAUCGUAGGCGAGGACAAUACAGGUAAACUCGACCUUGGUAUAUUCAUUGCUUCCAUUGUGCCAGAUGGACCUGCGGACAAAGAUGGACGGAUUAAACCAGGUGGACGUCUCAUUUCCCUAAAUAAGACGAGUUUGGAAGGGGUAACGUUCAGCGAUGCUGCUGCCAUCUUACAGAGUAGCCCUGAGGAAGUGGAGCUGAUUGUGUCGCAGCCUAAACAGUGUCUGAAAGACAGCAAGAACUCCCUGUGCCAAAGCACACUGGGCUUGGCGUUGGAGAGAAGUUUUGGCUCUCAGACCACCUUGAGCGGCACAGAGUACCGACAUGCCAUGGAUGAACUGGAAGAGGCCAUCACGUUGUCCAGCAUGGCCACGCCCAAGAAAAACAGAAAGCUUCACAUCCCUGUGGUGCGAAUACAUGACGCACAGGACAUGUGUUCCAGGUCUCCCUCAACCUUAAGUCUAAAAACUGGGGAGAGGUUUAUAGUGGAGUUAAAGAAGAGCAGUGGGAGCCUUGGGCUUAGUAUUGCUGGAGGGAUAAACACGAGUGUGAGGUAUGGCGGCAUCUACAUCAAAAGUCUGGUGGUUGGAGGCGCGGCCGAGCAGGACGGUCGCAUUCAAAUCGGUGACAGACUGCUGGAGGUUGAUGGCUCAAACCUGAGGGCUGUGACACACCAACAAGCUGUCGAGUGCCUGAAGCGGACUGAGGAGGUGGUGAACCUGCUGCUAGAGAGGGACCCAACAAUCAUCUUGGAACCCAGAACCAACUACGCCCACCCAGCCUCCGUCCACAGUGCAUCACACACACAGCCCCCCAGGACUGAGGUCUCCUUGGAAACAACCUUGAAUGGCCGAGCCAAGGACUACAGCUUUGUUACUGAUGAAAAUACACAUGAAGUCAUCCUGAAGAAGAGUUUGUCAGGUCUGGGCUUCAGUUUUAACAUUUCCCAAAUUAACACCGGGCAAGACCACGGCAGCGUAGUCCGCAUCAAGCGUCUGUUCCCCGGUCAGCCGGCCCAUGAAAGCGGUCUCUUACAAGAAGGAGACAUCAUUUUGUCUGUCAACAAAGAGCCUGUCAAGGACCUUUCCUACCAGAGGGUUUUGUUCCUGCUACGAGGUGCCCCUUCUGAAGUUCAGCUCUUGAUCUGUCGACCCGGUCCAGGAGUGCUGUACGAUGCUGAUGACAAGACACUGAGCCCUGCACCUAUCAGGGAGAUCCGAUCUCGGUCUCUGGACAUCCGUCUUGGGGACGACUAUAGCCAGCUUCUUAAGUUUCAAUUUGAUGUUAACAUACCUGCUCAGAAUACGGCCACAACCCUUGAGGAGGAGCUGAAUGACACAGCGGAGAAAAGCCCAGAGCCUACUGCAGGUCCAAGCUUUUUUGAGGGACAAGAGAGGGAGGUUCAAGGUGAACAGACUCCUCCAUCAUCAUCAUCUCGUGUGGGAUCACCUCCCAUACCAGUCUCUCCCUCGUCUCCGACGCCAAUCUCGCCAGCCUCAAUCGCUUCUGCCACGCCACCCAGCUCGCCGCCAGUCUGCUUUCGACCAGCCCAUCAAGAGUCACAGUUGAGUGUCAGGAAACCAGAAGAGCAACAGGAAGUAGUAACAAGGAAGGCAAGUGAGGAUGGGGAAGAGGCCGUCGCAACAAGUUCAACUGCGAUACUUGACGUAUUCCCUAAGACAGCUUCAAAUUCCAUGUAUGCCAGUGGUGUUCGAGAGGAGGCAGAUGGAAGUGUGACCUACUGUCUUGUGGGAAAUGGACUGACUAUCAUGGCAGAUGAGGAGUAUUUGACCAUCAGCUCAACACUAGAACCUCAACAAAAUUUCCAGUCCAAUCAGGCCACUCAAACGCCAUUAUCAAACCUCACAAGCCCCACCUCAUGGACCCCAACAACUUCCUCGAGUUUCUCUCAAACGUCUAAUCCUCUCUCUGGUCUAUCACAAACCUCUAACACGCCGUCAAGUUUCUCCCAGACUUCUGUCACUCCAACUCCUCUCUCUCAGACUUCCAACAAUUCUGUUUUUGCUCAGACUAGUUCCAGCUCACAGAAUCCAAAUACUACCGUGUCACCUCUAAACCUGUCAUCUGACACCCUGACCACUUGUGCCCUGGCACACCCUUCUCAGCCCCUCACAACCCAGCCAUCCAAAGCCAAGCAACACCCGCUCCAGCAGGGGCAGCAGCUUCCACUGGAAUGGAAAGCACCCCCCAAAGAUAGUCAGCCUGCUGCAAGGCUCCCUCAAAAUCCUCCUCCACCAGCAGGCCCUAUCACAACCCAGAUAAUCUCAUCAACGCCUUCUUAUGUCAGCACACCUGCUCCCACCCUUCCAUCCACAGUAAUACCUCCACCUGCCCAGACUAAUGCAGAGCAUAGAGAUGAGCAGGAGAAGAAAGAAAGGGAAUGCAAGGAUGAGGAUGAGGAUGAUGAGGAUGAAGAUGAAGAUGAGAGUCGAAGAAAGGGAUUAGUAAAAGAAUUUGAGUUGACGGUUCUACUGACCAAGUCCAGGAGUGGAAGCUUUGGUUUCACCAUCACCCGAAGCAAACUGGACAACUGCUACUACAUACAGGAAAUACUUGACAACCCAGCAAAGGCAGAUGGACGCCUCAGAGCUGGAGACCGUCUUAUCACAGUAAAUGGACAUGAUGUUACGAAUGUGGCAGAUGAAGUCGCCAUGACGAUUCUCAGGUCUUCUCCCAGGAGACUCAGUAUGACUCUGGGCAGGGCAGUUACCAACUUAGUGGCACCCCCUUCUUGUGACAGCCUGCCUGAUAUUGUCCUCUACAAGACAACUUCAGGACAACUCGGCAUCAAACUGACCGGUGGCAUUGGCAGCAAAUGGCAGGGCAUUUACUGUCUGGAGGUAGUGCCAGGCUCCCCGGCCAGUGAAGAGGGCAGCGUCCAACCUAAUGACAAGAUCCUCUACAUCUGCGGCAGGUGCACUUUGGGGAUGACCUUGGAUGACGCUGUCAAAGCCUGCGAGAUCGCCCCGCGUAAAGUCAAACUCAAAAUCCUGAGAGAUGACCAGCCAGUGACACCCAAGGCCAAAUGGAACGGUCUGUUUGACUGGAAAAAGGACAGGAAGUUCUUUGCUCGUUUUGAAGAGCCUGUCUCUCCUGACAAAGAAUCACCUCCUGAAGAUGUUGAAGUUGUCAGUCGAACUCUUGGCAACUUCAGAUGUCUGUCUGUGGCUGAACAGCAGGAUAGUUGCAUCACGCAAGUAGAGUUUACCAAACCAGAAGGAGGCGGCCUUGGUUUUGCUCUGGUUGGAGGGACCAAUGGCAGUAUGCUCAGGGUGAAAGAAAUCUGUUCUGGUGGAGUAGCUGAGCAGGACGGCAGACUAAGAGUGGGAGAUAUUCUUCUAGAGGUGAACGGUGUUAUUGUGUCCGGACUGAGCCACAAUAAGGUGGUGGAUAUCCUGCGUAAAGCUGAGGGCACAGUGCAGCUCACCAUCUGCAGAGACAUCCUGCCGCUGAGCUAUUCCGAAUCCCCCACACCGCCCAACAUGGCCGCAGGCGCCCAGGCCGUUUUGGCAGAGCAGCCAGCUCCAGUUUCCACCUCUGAUGCCUCGUCCUCUCCUGACGCCAUGAUGAAUAAACCAGCAGAGCGCCCCCCUGAGGUGACUGCAGAAUGUACGUUUAAUGAAUCGGGAGUCUUGGUAACAAUGCCGCCUCCGACUCCACGGCAACUGACUGUGGUAAUGGAUGAAACGCCAGUUAAUCAGGAGAGCUGUGACAGCACGCCUUCUCAUCAAGCCUGCUGCCCGUCGCUGAAUGUCACUGAAAUGUUACAUGCAGCUUCUGACAGGAAACACACUGUGACCAAACUGUUGGACCGAUCGUGCAAAAGCAUCCGGAAACCAGAGUCAGAUGGCUGGAGCAGUGAAGAGGAAGAAGACGAUGUGUUUGACACCACUGCUCACAAAAACACCUCACCACAGACAGGCCCACCCAUAAUUUCAGAGGAGGAACUGUCCACUUUAGCCCUCAUUAGCCCAUCUCGAAGCAGCCAGUAUUCAGGCUCAAGGGUCAAAGCCAUUAUCCAGAUUCUGCAACACCAACUAGACCAGCAGGAACUGGUCAAAGAAUUCCUGGCUCUGGAGCACCUAAAGCCUUCAGAUGACUGCAUGGUGGGAAAAGCCCCCAAAAACAGAGACAGGAACCGCUACAGAGACAUCCUGCCCUACGACAAAACUCGCGUCACCCUCGGAGAGAAGCACGACUACAUCAACGCCAGCUACAUCCGCAUGCAAGCGGGAGCUGAGGAACUCUCCUACAUCUCCUGCCAAGGACCGCUACCCUCCACGGUGGCUGCGUUCUGGCAGAUGAUCUGGGAAAACAAAUCCGACGUGAUUGCAAUGAUGACUCAAGAAGUAGAACGAGGCAAGGUGAAAUGUCACAAGUACUGCCCCGAGAAGCCAGAUGAGCCCCUGGACAUGGGCAAGUAUAACGUCCACCUGGAAAACCAGCAGUACUUGGAAUAUUUCCACAUCAAACUCAUCCGCAUGGUGGAACCAGAGACUGCUGAGACUCACGUUGUCCAUCACCUGAAGUUCACGCACUGGCCUGAUCACGGCGUUCCGCACGACUCCGAGCAACUGGUUCGCUUCAUCCGCUAUCUGCGCUCAGUGCACCACAAAGGGCCUGUCACGGUCCACUGCAGUGCAGGCAUCGGACGCUCGGGGGUUCUCAUCUGUACGGACAUUAUCCUCAACCUCAUUGAGAGGGAUUUGCCUAUUAAUAUCAGCGACAUCGUAAAGGAGAUGAGACUUCAGCGACAUGGGAUGAUUCAGACCAAGGAACAGUACGUCUUCUGCUACAAAGUCUGGCUGGAGGUUUUACAGGGCAUUUUACAGCUCCAUGGUACCCAGUGGCAACCGGAAAGUCCCCAAGACCACAAAAUAGUUUGAUUGUUUGCAUUUGUGUGACCACAAGCACUGGCAACACCUUCUUCUUGAACUCAUGUCUGUUUUCAUACUGUGCACUCUCUAGAUGUAUGCAGGAGGAAAAUACACUUUUGUUUGUCCUAGAUCUCUUAAGGGAAUCCUUGUGUAUUUCAAGAUGAGUGAUUUGCCUUAUGCUUAUGUUAUUGCAUUCAUUGUAAGUCUCUCCAUGGCAUUUCAUUUGCAAAUUGCCACCAUAAUAGUCCCAAAAACAGUCUUUCGUCUGGUAGGAAUGCCAUUAAGGUCACAUAAGAUCGAUCAUCUUACCAAGGUUUAUGAUCUGAUAACUUGAUGAAUGUGAGUUUUUAUUUCAUUAAGUGCAUUUGAACAGAGGGAGAGAGACAGAGAGGGAGGGCAAUACCAUUACUUCUGUAAAUCUCCUAAAGCAAUGAAAAGAAUCAAGUGCCUUGGAAUCGACCCCAAGCUGCUAUAGUCACAAGUGGACGGGCCGAAGGAGCACAGCAGUUUGAGAGCCCUUGCGAGACGUUUGACUGAAUGUGCACUUGUUGUUUGAUGUGGACGUACCCCUGCUACAAGUUGCAGGCAAGAAAAUGACAUUUUACCUUAAGUUAGUGCAAGUCACACUGUUACUUCCCUGUUUUGUAUGAAAAACAAACCGUUAAAAAAAUACUUUAACCCCCCUGCAGAUAGCAACAUAUAUUGAAUUUGAAUACAUUUAUACAUUUUCAAUUCACUCUUUUUGCUAAAGGCUUGAAUGCCCAUCGUUAUGAAUGUGAUAUUUGGGCUUUUUUUGGUUGAAUUUGUGGUAAUAGCCUCUAUCUGUAGUCACUGGCUAUUUUAAUACAAAGUAAGCCAAAAUUAAAAACUUAAUGAGGUUUACACAAUGUACAGUUCAACAACAUAGCUGCUGGUUUGUACCUCGACUUUUGGAUGCUUCUCACUGCUAUAACACACUCAUACGCGCACACACACACACGUGCCAGCAAAUGCUGGCAUAUACUGUAGUCCCCCUUCACCCAUGCCACUGUUCUGUUUUAACGGCACCAAGACGGAAUGGGUUGUACAAAGUCGACCCAGAAAUUUUCUGCCUUAGCAGGUCCUAUCAGAGUGUCUCCUUUUACUCCACCUGGAAAAUAUGGCAUUUCUCACCUUUUUUGGUGUAACAGUUAUGUAGAAACAGCACUGACAUGGAUGGGAGGGAUGAAGUCAACCCGUCAGUGUUCCGUCCUCUCGGCUAGUAUCGUCAGCCCUGUAAAAACCACGGAUGUCCAAAAGUCAGACCCAGUGGUCAUAUACUGUAUGGCCCGCUGCAUAUUCUAUUUAGAUAUUAUAAAGCAUGGCCCCCAUAAAUUGGUGAGGAUAAAAAGUGGAGAUUGCACAAUUAUAUUUCAAUAAAAAUGGUUAAAAAAAUAAGACAGUUGCCAGAUAUCACACUCUAGUUGAAAUUAUAUAAUGAAUCAUUUUGUAAAUGGAAUGUUGGAAAAUAUGGGCAAUUUAAAAAUAAAAAACAAAGUCAUACGUUUUUAAAUUUAAAAAGAAAAAUCACACUUACAGUAUACAAAUUAUUUUUUGUUUUGUCACCGCUAACACCAAGUUAAGAAUGCAAAGAUGUUAUAUAUGUUGUCCUCCACGAUCCUGGGUUGUUUGGCAAAAAAAAAAAAAAGCUGAAAAAGCCAUUCUCUUCCUUCCAUUUUCCUGUAUGUGGCCCAUAUUUCAGAGUUUGGACAUCCACGAUGGAAACGGCACCGACACAAAAUUGGUCUAAUUUUCCCUCUUUUAAGCGAGUGUCAGAGCCCUCACUUUUAUAUAGGUUAAUAGAUUGCAUUAUCCCGCCUGUUUUCAGUCUAACCUUUGUAGCAACAGCAUUGUCGUGGAAUGGCUAUCGCUGUGUGAAAGGGCAUAUAGUUGGGACAUUAUCCCAUCUUUGCUGGGUUCCGUGUAAAAGCCUGUUCUGUUAAGGCAGUUUUACAGGUUCUCUGCGUGAAACAGGGGAACACAUUCAAGCACACACACAAGCUCUUAUAGUGCAUGCACACACUCAAAGGAGUUGACUUGAACACGAUGUGGAAUGUAACGAA